AAUACUUUCGAUGGGUAGAAGCCGAUAGCUAUUUUCAACUGCGACUGAGAGAAUUCAAAUCAACUGAAAUGUCUAAUUGUUUUCUAAAAUUGUUUCUCAUUGUCUGUGUAACCAUAAUUUUGCUAGCCGAAGAAACUAGACAGGCCAGUUCAGAUAGCAGUGCAAACAGAAACAAAACUGAAAGAUUUGAUAGAGUUCAUUGCAAUCCGAAUAAUUUGAGACACGAUAAACGUUUGAAUUGCGUCUUUCAACAAAACUGGGCUGUUUAUGGUCCACGUCAUUUAGGGAAAUGCACAUGUUCCGGACGACCAUGCAUGACGUUAUCACAUGCAAGCCUUGAAUGUGACUCAAAUAUCAACUGGUCUUUGGUAAACGAUAAUCGAACCGCAAAUGCUUGGGGAGUUGGAUGCAAGGAUGAGAACAGCUGCCCACGGUGUUUGAUCCCUCAAGCUGAUUUUUCAAAAUGUUACACUAGCAGUAAAACAGCAAGCGAGUUUGUUUGUGUUUGCAGACACGACCAACGAGAAUACAACGUGUGGUGCCAACUCAAUGGAUCACUUGAUAUAUGGAAUCCCAGAGGCCAUACAAAAUGUGAAAAACCUAAUUUUGCUCUGGGUGUGGCAACAGAACUAACGGUUAUUUCACUCUUCGUUGAAACAGACAAAAUAUCGUCUACUCUUGCACCAAACCAAUCAGCGCAUUCUGAUGUGAUCCAGAUUAAUAGCAAUUGGCACACAAUUUUAAUCAUCUUGAGUUGCACAGUCGUGUUUUUCGCCGUAAUUGUAAUUCUGUUUGUUUUAAAUUUCAUCCGCUUUUAUUUGAAAGAGUCUCAAAAGUUGCAUACCAUCAUGGACGACGUUAUCAUUUCUCUGAAUUCUGUUCUGGAAGGACAGAAAUAAAAUUAAUUUUCAUGCUUUUCAUAAAUAACGACGAAUCAGAAUUUUUCUCUUUAAGUAAUUAAAAUCAAGUUAAUUCUUCAUUAUUAUAUUGGAAAUUAUCAUGAAAUUCUAUAUUAUGAAAAUAAAUUAACAAAUAUGUUAUAAAAAUUAUAAAUUAAUUAUGUUAAGCAUAAUCAAUGUAAGAUGUAAAAAUGUUUCCAAGAUGCUUUAAAAUAAGUUUUGCUAAAAUUCCCUUUGAAUAAUUCCACAUUUAUGCAUGUAAAUUUAAAUUUAUUAUGUGUGUCAAUAUUUUUCCUACAUUUAGAAUUUUGUGAAAACAUAUGGUAUUUAAAAUUUCAAC